UCUUUCCGGCAGCCAUUUUGAGUUUCGUUCACAUCCCCUGAAGUAGUGCAAUAAAAACUGCACCUUUUUUAAAUUCAUCAGCAUGUUUUUCUCCAAAACCUCACUCUUUCACUAUUUCAAAGCCCUCGAAAAUCCCCUGAAUUCAUCUUACUUAACAUCUCAUCCUCCCUCAUUGAUCAUUCAGCGCCUCCCUGAAUUGAUUCUCCACAGACCCAUUUAUUCCUCGUCUCAAUCGGAGACGGAAUCAGAAACUAAAACUGCAAAGAAGCCCCUUCACGUUCUCUUCAAGGAAGCAGUGGGACUUUCAGAAAGGCUCGACCCAAGUGACUGCGAAGAGGGCGGCAACGAUUUGAGCAAGAGCUUGAGAAAAUUGGAGUAUGAGGUGAGAAUGUUGAAGAAAGCAAAGAGUGAGAGUAAUAAACCCGAAAUUGAUUACGGCGGGGCUUCAACUGAUGACUCCAAAGUUAAGACUUUGAGCGGUUUGUUCGCUGGCGAGAGGAAGAUGGUUAGAGAGAAGAAACCUGAAAGGGGUAAUGUGGAUUCUUCGAUUAUGAGCAAGAAUGAUGAAGGGGAUUCAACGAGUGUGUCUAAAGUUAAGAGCUUGAGAGCUUUGUUUGUGCCUGAGGAUAAGAGAAGAGAGUAUUUAGAUGCUUCCAGGUCUUUGAUGAUAGAGGAUGAGAUGAUACACAAAGAACUAUCACCUGACAUGAUCUUGUUUGUUAGAUAUCUGUACAAACAAGGGUAUUUCAAUGAUGCGAAUUUCAUGCCAAGAAACUUCGACGCCACCUGUUUUGAGAAUAGUUAUGGACGUAAAUUCAUUAGACAUGCGGCUGAGAAGUUCGGCCGGAAUAACCAAGAAAUAACCAUGUGGAUUUCAGGUAGUGAUUUGAAGAAGGUGGCUCUGUUUGGAUGCCCUUCCUUAGGGAGGAAAACUAUAUUUUCUGCAAAAAGAUUGCGGGCAUUCUUUGGAAUUGACGAAACUAGUGUAUGCAGUAAAUGUGUGUUGAAGCCAGUUUGCAACUUUGCAAACCAGAAGGUAUGGAGUUGGGAUUCCAAUCAUUUGGAUUUGGUUGUUGUGAUGCGGGUGAUCACUAUUUACGGUUUGGAGGCGGUUCCUUCACAGUUGAGGGUACCUGAAGAGAUGAAGGCUGGUAUUAACAGAUUAUUCAAGGAAAUUGUGAAUCUAAGUCGUCGCCAGACAGUUGUUGCAUGAGAUUGGAGAUUAUGCUGCCCAGGUCAUACUUUGUGUUUGUUUCAGGUAAUUGAGAGCUAGAUUCUACAAUUUUGUUCUUGGCUAAUUUGAUGUAUUAUGGUUCAUCUAUCUAAUAUCUAUCUAUACAUACCAUAUUGUAGUGCUUAGAAUUCCCAAUUGGCUCUUGAGUUGUUGGGACAAAUUUUUGUAACAUGAAUUUAACCACCUAACAGUAAUCUUCAACUUAUGAAUGGUUAUGACCUUUUGUUGAAACCAA